AUGAAGGAACUAUCCAGGCUACACCGGAAGCGGCUCCUGGUCUCUUUCGACGAAAAGGCGGAAGCUGGCAAAGAGCAGGAGAUCCUGGCCUUGACCGAAGCCAUUACGGAGCAGUUCCGGGUCGUGGAAAGAAAAUUAACCGCUGUGGGGGGCCAGAUGGAGGGUGAAAGCGACGCCGAGGUACCAGCGGGUGGAGGCAGAGAAAAGGACAUUGGGGGGAGCUGCCCCAUCGGAACGAGCGUGUCACCCCUCCUCUCCUCCUUCCCUCCCUCCUCCACGCCCCCUUGCACAGGUCAAAACUACCUGAAAAAGCUCCGGGCGCAGAAGGAGGGGGCGAUGGGCGGGGGUGAGUUUGCCUUCUUGGACAAGGACGAAGGCGGGGAACCAGUCCUAGUGCCGGACAAUCGUUCAGAGACCGGCUUCCGACAAGCCCAAGUGACGGUGCUUGAGAGCGCGGACGCGCUGGUGCAGGAGCGUGACUCGGAAAUAGCGCGUAUCGCCGAGGGAAUCGAAGCGCUCGCCCACGUGAUGAAACGGCUCGGGGAGCUCGUCAUCGACCAAGGCUCCGUCCUGGAUCGGAUCGACUACAACAUCGACGCCCCGGCCGUACUGACGCUCUUGAAUCGCGCGCAGGAUCUGCCCCGGACCCCGACCCUCUCCGACUAUCGUGUCUUGUACAAGACGGCCAUCGCCGCCGUCGGGAAACAGGGUCGGUGGGAGGGCGCCCUCUCUCUCUACUACGAGAUGCACGAGCGUGGGGUGGCGGCAGACGCCCAAGUCUUCACCAGCCUCUUGAAGGCCCUGAAGACGGGCGGGAAGGCCGAUUCCGCCUUUUCAUUCCUCGAGGCCAUGAAGGCGCAAAACAUCACCCCUACCCGCACUGUCUACAACGUGCUCUUCUCCCUCCUGGGGGAGAUGGGCCAAUUCGAGGAAGCGGUGCAGCUCUUUGAGAAGAUGAAGAAGGAGCUGGGGAAGCAAGGCUCUCCGUACGACUACGGGACAUUGAUUAGCGCCUGUGGGAAAACAGCAGUGCUCCGACUGCGGGAAGAGCGCCCGCGGGCGGCGCUCAAGGGGUGGGAUGGGCUGGAGGCUUCGGUCCCGCGAGAGCAUGGGGAGGAGGCAGUGGAUCUCUUAGUCAGACGUGCAGAGUCGAUGUUGCAGGAAAUUUUGGACCAAAUUCGUCCACCUGCUGCAUUCUCCUCGAGAAGUGUAGAUGGUGGGGCUCCUCCGCGUGAACUGGACCCAAAGGCAUCUUUCCCCGCGUCCGCAUACCCGGUGGAGACGCAGGAUGGCGCCUCGGUAAUCGGGUCUUCGGCUUCCUCCCCGCCAUACCCAUUCGAUCGGGCGGACAAUCAUGGGUGUGCGACGGGGAGGAGUUUGGGCAUUCAUAGCAGCAGCAGCCGCCGCCGUCGGACACACGACGGCGGCUUGGGCAACGUUUUUACCCAACUUCUUAAGGUAUACGGAAAAACUGGGCGCUGGCAGGAAGCCAGGAAUCUUCUGGAACGAAUGCGUGGAGAGGGGUGGAUGGAACCCACCCCCGGUCAUUAUUACGAGGCCAUGCGGGCUUGUGCCUUCGCCCUCCGUCCGGACGACGCCUUGGGACUGCUCCGAGAGGCGAGGGGCCAACGGGGGCAGGAGCCCGGGAAUCCCUCGAAGCCACCGCUUAUUCUGUGCUGGAACGCGGCCAUACUCGCCUGUCAACGGGCGGGGCGUUGGAUGUCUUGCCUGGAGCUUUUGAAGACCAUGGAAGGGACGGGUCUAUGCCCCGGUCCCAGUAACUAUGCACGGGCCAUUCAGGCCUGUGGAGAAGCGGGCAAGGUGGAGGAGGCCUGGAAAGUCUACGAGGAGGUGGGCCAAGCUGCUGGUGGGGGGAAAGGCAGCCGGGAGCCGGUGGUGUAUGGAAGCAUGCUCCGGCUCUGUGGGUUGCACAGGGACGCGCCAGGCGUGCGGAGGGUGUGGACCGACCUCCUGGAGGCCCCGGGCCUUGGAGCCGAUCCUUUGAACGUCGCGCAGGCCGUGGCGGCGUGGGCGUGGGAGAUUGGGGACCUUGACGCGGGCAGGGCUGUCUUGCUAGGCCCUGGUGGAAAGGAGCGGGACGAGGCAAAAAGGAGCCCGGCCUCGGCAGACUCCGCUCCCGUGGCACCCCCCCCCUUGCCCUUCCCUCCCCCCCUCCUAGGAUUCCAUGCGCUCAUGCUGGCGACGCUGAGACAUGGUGGCUCGGCGGAGGAAGCACAAGUCGCCUGCCAAGAGCUUGUGGAUAUCAUGAUGGAGAGAUUCAGCCUUUGUCCUACCAGCACUACGAAGGCGAUCUUGGACUGGGAGGAGGCGGAAGCGCGGGUGCAAGGACUCGUCGCAAUGAACCCCUAUGACCCGCGUAGACGCAAGAGGGUGAGCGAGGGGGAAAGCAGAUAG